AUGGCAACAAUUGUGAGCAGAGGGCUGUUGCAGCAGCGGGGUCGCGUAGGCUUUCAGCCAGUAUGCGAUUCCUGUCGCGGCUUCACCAGCUACUCUGCACUGUUUUCAGGACACAACCGAUGGUCGACGAUCAGACAUGACAAGGCAAAGAAUGACAAAGCAAAGAGCAAGGAGCGGGCAAUGGUCAGCAAGGAAAUCAGCAGUGCUACGCAGAUGUGGGGAGCCGAUACCAAAUACAACCCUCGAUUAACACUUGCACUCUCGAACGCAAAGCGAGCCGGAAUCCCAAAAACGGUUAUUGAGGCGGCAAUUGCCCGGGGUCAGGGGAUAAGCGUUACUGGACAAGCUCUCGAGCAAGUGACAAUUGAGGCCAUGCUGCCCUAUUCGGUUGCGGCGGUUGUUGAAUGCCUAACGGAUCAGAAAGCUCGUGUCCUACAAGACCUUCGCUAUGCCAUAAAAGAUGCUGGUGGUACUGUAACUCCUACCACUUACCUUUUCGAAAAGAAGGGGAAAAUAGUGUUUGAGAAAAAGGAUGGGUCAAAUUCAGAUGACUACUUAGACCAGGCCAUCGAGGCUGGUGCAACCGAUAUCACGGCAGAUGAGGAAGGCCGUCUCGUGAUAUUUACUGAACCAACAGAAACAAAGAGCGUUGGUGAAAGCUUUUCAAAGCUCACUGGGCUCGUGGUCGAGGAGCUCGAGAUCAUUUGGGACCCAAACCAGGAUACCAUGGUCGAGCUGAAGGAUGAAACACAGAUCAAGGAGCUGGAAGAUCUCUUGGGCACUCUCCGAGAAGAUCCCAGUCUCCGAGAUAUCUAUCUGAAUACUGCUGAGAAGCUUUAG